AUGUCGCAGCAACAACCCAUCGGUCAGUCACUAAGCCGCUCUGUUACACUCGCGCCUCCCCGCGCCUACCCCGCGUUUCCCGUUCGUUGGGACCCAUUCUCGUUAACCGGCGUACUAACCCCACACGUGUUCCCUCCCUCUUGCAUCGCCUCGAUCGACCUCCUGCCGCCGCCAUCGCCUACAUUCACGCCAAAACAGCCCUUCUGUCGGUCUACGACAAGACCGGUCUCUUGCCCUUCGCCCAGGGCCUCGUGGCGAAUGGCGUCAAGCUUUUGGGUUCGGGAGGAACCGCCAAGGCGAUUCGCGGAGCUGGUAUGGAAAUUGGGUGAGUUGACCAGUGGACCUUAACCAACGAUGGAAGAGUGUCUAUUGACUACUUUAUGGACCCCGCCAAUUUUUAGCGACGUGUCUGACAUCACCGGCGCUCCCGAGAUGCUCGGAGGUCGCGUAAAGACCCUUCACCCCGCCGUUCACGGAGGUCAGUUGCGGGAAUAUGACUGCUGUAAAGAUCGCAUUCAAGUAAUCGCAUCUUCUUUCCUCGCAGGUAUCCUCGCGCGCAACAUUCCUUCCGACACCGCCGAUCUCGAGGCACAAAAGAUCGCCCCUAUCUCGGUCGUGGUCUGCAACCUCUACCCCUUCAAUGAGACCAUCGCCAAAAUUCCGCCUCCUUCGAUUGCCGAGGCAGUCGAGGAGGUCGAUAUUGGAGGUGUGACUCUUCUCCGAGCUGCAGCCAAGAACCACGACCGAGUGGUCAUCCUGUCCGAUCCCAAGGACUACGACGAGUUCCUCGCCCAGUGGAAGCAGGGCAACGGCUCUGUCACGGAGGACUUCCGGAGGAGGAUGGCGGUCAAGGCUAGUCCUUGCAAAGUCCCUGCUAGAAUGAUCUACCCGAUGUCACUAACCACUAUCCGAUCUGAAUACGCAGGCCUUCACCCACACGUCGCAAUAUGACACGGCCAUCUCCAACUACUUCCGCCGCCAAUACGCUUCCGCCGACGGCAUCGCCUCUGCUUCGCCCGAGGACAAGGCUUUGCUCACUGAGCGAGCCCAACAACUCACUUUGCGCUACGGUGCGAAUCCCCACCAAAAGCCUGCCCAGGCCUACGUUCAGGAGGGCACGCUCCCCUUCUCGGUCCUUUCGGGCUCGCCCGGCUACAUCAACUUGCUCGAUGCACUCGGAUCGUACGCUCUCGUUGCUGAACUCUCGAGGGCCUUCGAGCCUGCCAAGGCCGCUGCUGCUUCGUUUAAGCACGUCUCGCCCGCAGGUGCCGCCGUCGAGUCCAAGUUGUCCGACGAGGAGAUCAAGGUCUUUGACGUCGCUGGAGUCGGAGAGCUGUCCCCCAUCGCCUCGGCCUACGCCCGUGCUCGUGGUGCCGAUCGCAUGUGCUCAUUCGGCGACUUUAUCGCCCUCUCCCACACCUGCGACGUCCCGACGGCCAAAAUCAUCUCGCGAGAAGUCUCGGACGGUAUCAUUGCGCCUGGAUACGAGCCCGCCGCGCUUGAGAUCUUGAAGAAGAAGAAGGGCGGCAAAUACUGCGUGUUGCAGGUGAGCGCAUUCGAGAGGUAUACAGUCGGUGAAGGAUUGGAGACUAUCUGACUGAGACGUUGCUGUAUCUUCUCCGAUCAGAUGGAUCUCGCGUACGAGCCUGGAUUGACCGAAACCCGUCAGGUCUACGGCAUCUCGCUCGAGCAACGCCGAAACGACGCCAAGAUUUCGGCCGAGACCUUCACCAACAUCGUCUCCAAGAACAAGCAGGUGAGAACUCCUAUCGUUGAGAGUGUGUAUGAGCAUACUGUCCCACCCAUUCUGACACUCGCCUCCCUUCAGAUCUCGAGUGAGGCUCUCACCGACUUGAUUGUCGCCACGAUCUCGCUCAAGUACACGCAAUCCAACUCGGUCUGCUUCGCCUACCGAGGUGGAACGAUCGGUAUCGGCGCCGGUCAACAAUCGCGCAUUCACUGCACGCGCUUGGCAGGCUUCAAGGCCGACGCAUGGUGGUUGCGUCACCACCCUCGCGUCCUCGCUCUCGAAUGGCGAAGCGGCAUCAAGCGCGCCGACCGCGCCAACGGUACCGACGUCUUCGUUACGGGUGAGAUCUUUGAUGCUCCCGCCGGUGGUUCCGAGCGCAAAGAAUGGGAGGGUCUCUUUGCCGAGGGCAAGGCCCCUUCGCCUUUGACGACGGAGGAGAAGGCCGAAUGGUUCACCGAGAUCAAGGGUCGCGUCUCGUUGGCGAGUGAUGCCUUCUUCCCCUUCCCCGACAACGUUUGGCGAGCGACCCGAUCCGGCGUCGGGUACUUUGCUGCCCCUGGGGGAUCGGUGAUGGACUCCAAGGUCAUUGAGACCGCCGAUGGGGACCAGGCGGUUUACGUCAUGACGGACUUGCGGUGAGUUGUUACUCCCCGUUUGGCGUGUGAACGCGCAGCGCUGACAGGUCUCUUCCAUCUUUUCUCGAUCAGCCUGUUCACUCAUUAA